GACCUCAUUCGAGGCUUGCGCGCCAACAAAAAGGAUGAGAAGCGGUACAUACAAUUGGCGAUUGCCGAAUGCCGCCGGGAAGCAAAGAGUCAAGAUGUAGAUGUCAAGGCCGGUGCAAUCCUCAAAUUAACCUAUCUUGCCAUGUUUGGGCAAGAUAUGGCAUGGGCGUCCUUUGCGACAGUCGAGGUCAUGGCAUCGCCCAAGUUUGUCAACAAGCGGAUAGGCUACAUGGCUGCUGCCCAGGGAUUUCGGCAAGAUACAGAUGUCCUCAUGCUUUCUACGAAUCAGAUGAAGAAGGACCUCGCGAGCAGUAAUGCGUCGGACGGCUCUAUUGCGCUCAGUGCGCUCGCAGAUAUUGCAACACCAGACCUCGCGCGAGAUCUCAGCCACGAUGUUAUUGGCAUGCUCGGGCAUUCGAAAGCUUCAGUACGCAAGAAGGCAGUGCUCGUUAUGUACAAAAUCUUCUUGCAGUACCCGGAAGCGUUGCGCUCGUCGUAUCCUAAGCUGAGGGAACGACUCGAAGACACGGACCAAUCGGUGGUGUCGGCCACUAUCAAUGUCAUUACAGAGCUUUCUCGUCGUAAUCCAAAGAACUAUUUGACUCUGGCGCCGAUACUCUUUGAACUUCUCACCACGUCAACGAACAAUUGGAUGCUCAUCAAAAUCAUCAAGCUGUUUGCGACACUGACGCCAUUGGAACCACGUCUGACGAAGAAGCUCAUCACACCACUCACGGAUUUGAUUCAGUCCACGCCGGCCAUGUCUCUGCUGUAUGAAUGCAUCAACACAGUCAUUUCUGGUGACAUACUCAAGGCUCCAAACUCUGAUGGUCUCGCACGGCUAUGCAAUGCAAAGCUCAGUGACUUUUUUGAGCAAGGCGACCAGAACCUAAAGUAUGUGGCUAUCAUUGCGCUCACCAAGCUGAGCGAGACACAUCCCGAGCUUGUCUCAUCUCAUCAAGCAGAAAUCCUGGCAUGUGUCGAUGAUGCAGACUUGUCAAUCCGUCUGCGUGCCCUUGAGCUUGUUUGUCUUAUGCCGACAAAAAAGAGUCUACCAGACGUAGUCAAGCGGCUUGUCCUCCAGCUACUGCCAAACGGGCUCAACUUGCCCGACCAACAUCGGCGUGGCUUGGUGCUUCGCUUGAUCAAGAUGUGUCGCAUGGACAACUACAAGCACAUUGAUAAUUUUGACUGGUAUAUCGCGGUUUUGGUAGAUCUGGUCAAGAUCAGCAAGGUUGAUGUCGGCGAAGAGUUGCGACAGGAGAUUCUCAAUGUCUGUGUACGCGUCCGCAAUGUGCGUGAGUUUGCAGUGCCUACACUAGCUCGUCUUUUGCAUUCGAGAGACAUUCUCGAGCAUGCUGACGAUCCUUCGCGGAAUGCGGCUGCGCUACAGACUGCUGCGUGGGCUGUCGGAGAGUAUAGCUCGCAUCUCGAAGACCCACGUCAAACGCUCAACAACAUGCUCGCAGCACCACUGGGAAAGCUCGCGUCUCCGAUUCUAUGCGCAUACCUCCAAGCGAUUCCUAAGCUUUUCACACGAUGGGCCUCGGAAAUGGAAGAGAAUAGUGCUGGAGCAAGAUCUGAACUCACUUUACAAAUCGAGAAGCUUCAACGCACCAUUGCCAAAUUCGCCACAUUCAGCGAUAUUGAAGUUCAACAGCGUGCUCUCGAGCUUGUGCAAAUCUUCGAGGUCGCAGCGCAGGUCGUUGCAGAAGCUGAUGCUGACGCAGACAAUUUGCCCUUCUUCUCCGAGAUUCUGCCAAAUCUCUACCUUUCUGGUGGCGAUUUGAACCCGAUCGCUCCAAGCGCACAAGCUGCAAUAGCAGUUCCAAUCGAGCUUGAUCUCGAUUCA